CUUGACAGACAGCACUCACACUCAGAGGCCAGAGCAGGAUCAAGUCCCUUUUCCCGCCACUGCAUCUGAGAGAUUUUGAUGGCGGACAAGAAGAAACGCCGUCGAGCUGAUCCCAGCUCAGAUGAUGAAGAAGAUUAUGGAGGAGGAGGACGCAAACCCCUCCCCUUCAAGAAACGCUUGAAGGCUGAUUCCGUUAUCCUGUCAGAGCUAAAAGAUCUUACCGAUUCCUUUAGGUCCAGCUCUACUUCUGAGAAAACCCUAACCCUCUCCGACCUCGAUCUUUCCUCUACCUGCCGCGAAGUUUGCGACCUCGACCUCUCCUCCGUCCAGGACACCAUCGAACGCCUUAUCCUCCGUGUUGCCCAGUCAAUCCUUUCCGGCAACGGCUUCGCCUUUGACGUCCCCGCCCGCGGCAACGCCAACCAACUAUACGUACCCGAACUCGACCGUAUUGUUCUCAAGGACAAGACCUCACUCCGCCCUUACUCCAACGCAUCCACCGUUCGUAAAACAACAAUUACAGCUCGAAUUCUCCAGCUUGUCCACCAGCUCUGCAUCAAGAGCAUUCAUGUCACCAAGCGUGACCUCUUCUACACGGAUGUCAAGCUUUUCCAAGAUCAAACGCAGUCUGACGCUGUACUUGAUGACGUUGCUUGUAUGCUUGGAUGCACCAGGUCGAGUCUCAAUGUGAUCGCUGCGGAGAAAGGGGUUGUUGUUGGAAGGCUCAUUUUUAGCGACAAUGGCGAUAUGAUUGAUUGUACCAAGAUGGGGAUGGGUGGGAAGGCAAUUCCUCCGAAUAUUGACAGGGUUGGCGAUAUGCAGAGUGACGCCCUCUUUAUUCUUCUCGUGGAGAAGGAUGCUGCUUAUAUUAGAUUGGCCGAGGAUCGGUUCUAUAAUCGCUUUCCCUGUAUUAUAGUUACUGCAAAAGGGCAACCAGACGUGGCAACGAGGCUCUUCUUGAGGAAGAUGAAAAUGGAAUUGAAGCUUCCUGUACUUGCACUUGUGGAUAGUGACCCCUAUGGAUUGAAGAUUCUAUCGGUAUAUGGUUGUGGAUCCAAGAAUAUGUCGUAUGAUAGUGCGAAUCUGACCACACCUGAUAUUAAGUGGUUAGGGAUCAGGCCAAGCGACUUGGACAAGUAUAAAAUACCUGAACAAUGUAGGUUGCCCAUGACAGAGCAAGAUAUUAAGACUGGGAAGGAUUUGCUAGAGGAAGAUUUUGUGAAGAAGAAUCCAGGAUGGGUUGAAGAGUUAACUUUGAUGGUUAAGACUAAGCAAAAAGCUGAGAUUCAGGCCUUGAGUUCAUUUGGUUUUCAAUACUUGUCUGAAGUGUAUCUGCCGCUGAAGCUACAACAAAAGGACUGGUUAUGAUUAAGUGGGAAAAAGAGACUACUGGUACUUGUUUUACCUGUUCUCCUAAUGCACGAGAAAUAAGAAAUCAUCAGUUAUGUUUUUUUUUUUUUGUAAUUCUGUCUGUUGCAGUAGAAGUGUAUCAAUUUCCAUUGCUGUCAUCAUACUUGUUUUUUCCAAUUGGGGGACCAGGGGAUGGAAUGGUUGUUUAUGACCUGUUUAAUCAUCUUACAUGUAUUUUAGUAAAACAGAUCAGACCAUAGUUAGUAGCUUCAUUUGGAUAUUCAGAUACACAGAAAGACAUCUCAAAGUAGUGCUGUAUUGCAUUCAAGAAUAGUUCCUUCUCAUGCGUGUCCAUGAUUGCUGCAGUACUUAGGUUUGGCAGUGCCACAGUAUAGUAGGAUGUGUCCGGUUAUAUUCUGUGCCAUGUUUAAAAGGGUUCCAAUUUGUAAUAUCUAUACAUUGUUUACAAUGCUAUUCAUCUAGCUUGGAUAAUGGGAAUCUGCUUUUAUGA